UUGUUGACUCAGACGACGUGAUAAUGAUACCCUUAUAUUUACUGUGAUGCUAUUGAUGGGAUGUUUUACACCUAACAGGUGCGCGGUUCCCCAGGGACGGAUAGCAUCUUCAAUAAUGUAUGGACAGAACAGUUUAAAUUCUCAAAACAAUGCUACUGAUGUCAUGGUCUUGCUUGAUUAGUUUAUAUUUUUUAAAGCAGAAAAGGACACUUUCUCUUGGAUCUCCACACAGGUAAAAUAUGUGCAAUUCUCCUCCACGUUUGGCGUGGGAGUCCUACUCUGUUACUACUUUCUAAGACAGGACAUGCGUUGAAAACUUGGGAAAGCAAACCAAACCUCUCGUGAUGUCAGCGGGAUGAACCUGUCGUGAUGUCGGCGGGAUGAACCUGUCGCUUAACACCAACUUGACAGACUCUGGGUCAAAGGAACAGAAACUUCUACAGAUUGUCGACCGUUUCAUUCCACUUUUGUUCGUUUGGGGAGGAUUGGGAAUAUUUUCUAUUUUAUCCAAUGCAAUAUUCCUGUUAUUGUCUAAAUUUACGACAGGCGGCAAGAGCCCAGUGUUAGUGUUUAUGAGGAGUAUAUGCUGGGCCGACGCCAUGCUUGGUCUUUAUGCAAUAAUUAAGGCGUUCGUUUUUUAUUCGUUGCAAACAACCAAGGUGAAUUGCUUUCUCCCGGACAGUAUCCUGAUCACGGGAACCACUGCUUCCUUGUUCACUCUCGUGUGGCUCCAUGCCGAUUGCUGUCUACGAUUCACCCACCCGCUUAAUUAUAUUCUUCAUAUGAAGAAAAACAACAUAAUUACAGGGAUGGUGUUUUUAUGGAAUAUAUCUUUCGUUCUAGGAUUUCUUCCCUUAAUGGGUUUGAAUAAUACCAGUGCUCGUUGUGCAUACGGGGAAUUUUUUUCCAUUGCGUACGUGUGUUCUAUUAUUUGCCUAUGGUGUGUCGGAUUACUUUCCAAUAUAGUAAUGGAAAUAAUUCUUAAACUUUACAUAGAGAAAGUGAAACACAAUCAACAUUUAUUGACGAUUAAUAGCCGGGAAUUUCAUCGCUUCCAGAACCUGAUUUGGAUAAACAGAAUUGAAUUGAUAGGAUGGUUAUCUUGUAUUGUACUUUUGGGAGUAUUCCUCAUUAUCAGCGUGGUGAUAUUUAGUGAUGUUAUCUAUUUUCACGUCAUUGAAGUUCAUAUUUUAUGCAUCGUGCCAAUAUUUUUAUUACGCUCUUGUAUUAUUUCAGUAGUUAGAAGUUAUAAAACAACACAAAUCCACAUAGCUACAAAGAAACUGAGAAGGCAAGUAACAAGUAUAAUACAUAAGCAUCCAAAGGCAUCAAAGGCCAACUCUGCCACAGAUACAAUUAGGUCAAACCUAGACAGCGAUAAAUCAACGGACGUAAAUAAUAGCUUAAAAGCAAGCUUCCGGAAAGGUACUACAAAUGGAGAUAAUACAAAUAUAAAAGACAGGGGAAAUUCCCAGCGACGGAACUCCCAGAGGAAUAAUUCUUCCUGUCCAAAGGCGCAUCCGAGAUCAUAUGCUAAAAGUGUAACAGCGGUAGACAACCCUGCAUUCAACAUGGUGGACGAGGUGUCAUAUAUUACGUCACUUCCUGUGUCCUGUAAGAAUGGCCUUCUGAUUUUAGAGACUGAAUCACAAAAGGAUUGUGAAGUGACCCGUCUUUGAUUUUUUUCAAAUUACAAAAAAUAUUAAAUCAGUCCUUUCAUCUUGAUAGAGUAUAGCUUUUACAAGUUGAACUUAGAUUCUAUAAUGGAUCAUUUAUUAACCUCCCCAUGAAUCAACUAAUUACUAGUAGAUGGGCUGAAUGGUCCCAUCUCAUUAACUUAUCCCUCAAAACAAUUGAAUUUAUUUGGUUGAAUAACUUUGAAAAUUAUAGCAUUACUUUUCAGAAUAUAGUUUUUAUCUACUAAGAAUAAUAAAAUACAUUUACUUAUAGCAUUUGUGUUUAACGUCGUUUCGAGAAUUUAUCACUCAUGUUCAGACCCCUUUCUAGUGGAGGGGGUAAAAUUGUUCUGUGUAGCAAGUACGGUCUUUGAGCAGUAAGGUACUCUUUUCGUAGGAUCGACUACAGUGUCACGGGUAGUCACUCGCAUGGCGAAGUGGUUAAAAUGUCUGCUCUACAGUCGCAGAGUAUGAUCUCUAGGUGGCAGAUUCGAAUCCCAGUGCGCGCGGGACUUAAAGACUGUGCCUCUGGAUGACACCGUAUAAACCGAGGACCCUUGUCGCACAAAAAACCACUCCUCAAUAAUUAAAGGACCUUAAUGCCAAAUAAGUUUUAAAUUUUGCAGCACCAGGUAUUGGUGGCGCAUGCGUCUCAAUUUAAAUGAUUUUUUUUUCAAAAGGCUGUUAUAAAAACAAACUGUGACACUGGACCUCAUCCACUGUCUCGUCGAAAGACAACUGCUCUAACCACUGUACCAGAUUGGGAUGAGAGAUUGCACUGCGUUUUAAACGAUCAAAAUAAUUUUAGGGCUGAGAAAUUUAUGUGAAAAGAACAAUUUGAUACAUUUAUACAUGUAUGAGCAUUUGCGACAAACUCGAAUAAAAAUAUUUCCUUUCCUGA